CGUUUGUUACACGUAUUGGAAAUAUUUAUUCCACGGUGUUUGUGUGUUGAAUAUGAAAUACGGAAAAUUUUCGAAACUCGCUAGAAAAUUAGUAGAGAAAAUGACAAAAAUAUAUUGGUCAUAGCGCUGGUAUUGAGUGUUGACAAUGAACGAAGAAGAAAAAUAGUGAAUUUUGUAUGAAAUUUUUGAUACUGUUGCAACAACAGGUGCGUUAUAAGUUGUGGAGUGACAGCAAAAUAAUAGCUGCUGCUACGAUUUGCAAAUUUUUGACACCUCCCUAAAAAAUUGUAAUAUUUUAAUAAAUAAUGGGAGAAAACUAAAAUGAUCUUGAAUCAGUUUUUAAAAAAAUACUACUUGAUAAUAAAAAUAGUAGUUUGUGAUGACGAAAAAUUGUGAAAAAAUUCAAUGCCAGAAAGAAGCUUUGGUUUUUCUUUCAAGCAAUUUGAAAUUUAUGCACCGCUUUGCAAAUUUCAUUGCUCCUAAACAAUUCGGUAUUGUCCAAUACACUUUAGAGUGACCAUUCCAGUUGUUGCGAGUGGCGCUGUGAAAGUUGCAUGUGUUCAGUGUCAUUGAUGCCAACAACAAUAAAAACAAAAAUAAAAAGAAAACAAAGCAACAACAAUAAUAGAUGAAGAAAAGUGAAAUGAUUGAGAAAUGAAUAGCGUGCAAUAAGCAACUUACAUGAAAAAAGCUUAAUUGCAGUGAAAAAGUUUAAUUACAAAACAAACAAAAAAAUAGCUACAUAUUUAAAUGUAUAAUAAUUACAGGGAAAUAAAAGGCAAGAUAAGCUAAGAAAGAGAAAACCAGAAAAACAAAGGAACAAAAUAUAUAAAAUAAAGAAAAAAUUUAAUAUGUAAAUGAAAUUAAAUAUCUAAAACUCAUCAAUAAAUUCAGAAUCCUCAAUUAAAAAAAUGGAAAUAAGUUAACUUUAUUAAUAAAAUAAAAUAAAAUAAAAUAAAAUAAUAAAAACAAGAGGGACGAUUUUUGACAUAUCUGAGAUCAGUGAUGAUCAACCAAGCUAACGCAAAGUUUUCAAAAGUAAAUAAAAUGAAUACAUAAAUUUAUAAUCCUAACUAAUCCUGCAUAGCAAAUAUAACUGCUCUGUGAUUUUUUUACUAAAGUUAGAGCUUAAUAAAAAAAAUCUUGCCUAGAGAAGUUGUCAUUACUUCUAACUGCAGCCUAAUUCUAUAUAGCAAUUGACAUUCGCGUUUAUAUAAAGCUUACGUGGUAUAAAUACCAUUAAGAUCGAUGAAAGAGUUCAAAAGUACAUAGAGAACUGCUCACCAGAAGCAGACAAAUAGGAAAAUAAUAAUAAUCUACUUAACCCUUCAGUGGACACCUUUUUUAAAACCUUCGGUUGGGCGGCCGGUGUCCGCGUUCGAAUAUCCGGCCAUUAAACACUAAAAAUGGAAAAAAAUUUCCUUAAACCUCUGUCUUGAAAAAAGCUCUUUUAAAAAAACCAUUUGGGGGCAUAAGCCGGUAGGUUCCUGGAUUUGUGGAGCAACAUUAAGGCGCACACCAUAAAUUUAAGGAGGAGACCGACCAAACAGAUAAUAAAGGAUGCCAAUUAAAUAUAUAAUAUUUAUAGAACAAUUAAAUAUUAACGUAAUACGAACUUUAAAUCCUUUUUAUGAUCUCACAAUGCCAUCCAUUAAAAUCAUACUGAAGUUAAAUUAACACCAACCAUUAAGAAUUAGUAAAAAUUAAUUGUUAGCGAAAUUUUGAAUUGCUGGUCACGGUAAGGCGUUCAAUAUAUUAAAUUUUCGUGGCCCAGUGAGACACCGCAUCGAUCACGUCUAAUCGUGAAUUGCGUGGGGAUCGUGGCUCUUACUCUUAGAAGAACAAAUUAACUCCAGAAAUAACAAAUCUUAACUAAUUCAAUUCAGGGUAUGUGGUUUUUGGGGUCUCUUAUUAUUGAAUUUUCAAAACAAUUCUCUGAUGCUAGUAACUAAAUUUUGGUAAUAUUGGCUUGCCAAUGAAGCAGCGGAUGGUGUUAUCGGGUCUGGUUAUUUGAAUGCUCUUGCAAGUCCUUCUAUAUCUAUUUGCAUUCUGAAUGCUUAAACGGCCAACUAUACAAAACUUUUAAGGAAAUAUUCAAAUUCAAGUUAAAUUUGCAAUAAACUAAACAAAAUAAUAAAAAUGAUAUUACUCAUAAAUAUUGUAAAUAGGUACUAUAAAUUUGAAUGUACAUUUUGCGAAUGAAAAAUUCUUCAAGAAAAAAUAUUCAAUAAAACUAUUUGGGUUUUGCGAAAUUUCCGUUAACAUUUUUCUGUGCAACAUUUCAACAAAAGUAGCGCCAGGUAAAAUAAAAUUAAGUAAAAUAAAAACUUUUAGUUGAGAAACCAGUUGGUGGCACAAAAACAACAAACAGAGCUUUAGCAACCGCAAGUAAAAAACCAAGGAAAGAAAAAAUUUAACAACCACCACAUAAUUACAACAAAGCAAGUAAAUGCGAGCAGCUUAGUAACAUAAUAAACAAAAUUUAAAACCCGCUCACCCCGGCGUAUGAGUAACCAGUAUACGUUGAGAGGCUGUUCCGAAGUGCCAAGAACAGUAUUUGCACAUACCGAUGAAGUAUUUUGCGUAAUAACUAUAAAAGUUAAAGAAAAAAUUAAAAAUAGAGAUAAAGAAGGAAAAAAUAAUCAAAACAAAAAGAAGCACAACAGUGAGGAAAAAUAAAUUCCAAAGCAGUAGAAAUACAAACAAAUCAACCGAAGCAACAUAACAAAUUUUGCGCCUUUAGCAAAAAUAUACAGAAAAGCAUCAUGGUGUCUCGCCGCAAAAUUCUUUCACGUUCUAGAGAUGAUCUGAAUUUGGAUCAGACUUUUAGUCCACAGGAAGAGGAGGAGGAUGUAUGGUAUCAAAAGGAUAAACUAUACAAGGAGCAUAUACAAGAAGUUCUAGACAAAUGGACACAAAUCGAUGAUGAGAUUUGGGCCAAAGUAAUUGUCUUCGAACGCAAUCGUCGUGUGGCGAAAGCGUACGCGAGAGCACCAGUGCUCACCAUAAAUGGCUCCGAUGAUGGUUUUGAUGGAAUGCGCAUCGGCUUAUGUGGGUUUGAUAAUCCAAUGCGCGAUCAAAAGACCGAGGAGUUUAAAAGGCACAUUGGGCAGGGUGUUAAAAUCAAAAUGGAUGACGCCGGUAAUAUACUCGUUCGUCGCUAUGCCAAAAGUAAUGUCUACAUUAAGAGCACAGCGAGCAGCUCCAACGAGGAGACAUCCAUUGGUGCCGACAUACUCAAAUUGCCAAAUCAAGCUUUGGAAAGCGAAAAAAUAGUCAAAUUAUUCGAUAUGAAAAAAUUUCAAUCAAAUGUAAAUCGUGAGCUCCGGCGUGCUUAUCCCGACCGUCGACGCCUGGAGACACAGUGCCUAUCUGUUUUGGCAUUUGUCAAAUCGGAGAAUGAUAUAUUAGAAUGUCCUAUUUGGGUGCUCAUUGUGAAUGUGGUCGCAAUGGAUAUGCUCAAAAGUAAAUUGCCACCAGUGCAACGCCCAGUGGUGGACAUUAAGAAUCGCCCUAGAAUUCCUAUACCCGAUGAGGAUCCUUACAGUGUGGCCGGCAAUGGCAGUGGCGGUAGCUCGGGCAGCUCUGGUUUUGGUGCUGGCAGCAAUUCGAGCCAUCAUCAGCAACAACAACAACAACAGGCAGCAGCUGCCUUGCACAGCAUGAAUGGCGCUGGCGGUAUCAAUGGUGGGGCAGCUGCCGCUGGUCAUGUGGCUGCCACACGUGAGCAGUUGCUGUUACAGACACAACAAUUGGCACAUAGGCGCAGCGAAAAACCGCCAAAAUUGCCACCACGCGAUAAUAUCUACGCACAUGACAUCAUACCGAAGCCUGACUACGAUGAUAUCGAAGUGGAUACCAGAAUCAAGUUGUCACGGGGCAAAUCAGACAAAGGCAAAGACAACAAGAAAUAUGAUGAUCCCUACUAUUGCGGUUUGCGUGCACGUGUGCCGAACUUUGUGAAAUCAUCAAAAUCCUCCAAGGAGCACAAGGAACACGCCACUAAUGGCAGCGUUUCUAACGGUAGCGUUAGCAACAGUAAUGGCAACACCAACGGCAGCAACAUGAACACACUCAGCCAGAAAAAGACUUCUAUGCUACACAUGUCGAUGACGGCGCCAAAUUUGCAGCACGCAAUGCACGUGGCUCCCCCGCCACCACCCCACAUGCAUCCACAUCACAUACAGCAGCAGCAAUUGAUGGCCGCCGCUGCAGCACAUGCAGUGCAUCAUCACCAUCCAGCAGCGACUGCGGCCGCACAUCACCAACAUCAUCUGCCACAGCAUCCCAUGUGGCAGGCGCGUAGCUUCGAGAGCGGCAUAGAUGCCGAUUUGAUUGAAUCACCAUAUAAUCACAUCUACGGUCGUUUACCGCUGCCGACGCGCGGUUAUGUGCCCACACCCCGCACCAUGUACAUCGGUGAAUGGGAUUGAUGGGAAAAGGAUACACUGAGCAAAAAUAAUUUAAAGAGAAAACUGCACAUUGCUACAUAUCCAGCUAUAUGACUAUGCUGUAUACUUCAUUUUAUAUAAGUACGCUCUAUCUAUCUAUGUAUUAGAAUAUGCUUUAUGCAAUAUUAUUAACUAUUUAUAAGUGCACAUUAUUACAUAAGCAAUUGAGUAUGUAAGUAUAGUACUUGCGCAAUUUAAAGAAAAUUUAGUAUAUAAGCACAUACUUACAUACGUUCAGUAUAAAGGAGAUGCUUGAAAAAUAUGGGUCCAGCGAUACGCGAAGUAGUAUACUAUAAAUAUGUACUUAAGUUCGUUGCAAACAAUAUAUUAUUUGUGUGUGGUUGAAAUGAAAAAGUGCUUAAGUUGAUUUAAGAGAAACUUUGUUAAAUAUUUUGUAUGAUUUUUCAGGAAAUUUCGGCAAGAGAAAUUUACGGUUACCCUAUUUAAGCGUUUUAUUUCAAUUGGAAGGGUUAAAUAUCAAUGCAAUAUAACAAAAUAAAAUAUAGCAAAAUAAGGUAAAAUGAAAUAAGAUAAAAAUAAGUAAAAUGAAAUAAGAUGAAAAUAAGUAAAGCGAUAUAAAGAAGCAUAGAAAAAACAAAAUAAAAUGAAACUAAAAAAAAAUAUUUAUAAAACGAAAAACAAAAAAUAAAAAAGUUGAAAAAUAAAUAAAAGAAAGAGAAGUUAAAAGAAAUAGAAUAAAGGAGCUCGAAAUGUAAUAAAAUAAAGGUGAAUUAAAAAUAAAAAUGAAAGCAAGUAUAACAUGAAAUAACAAGAAAUGAAGUAAAAAAAGAUAAAAAAGAAAUAAAACCCAAUAAAAUAACAUAGCAUAAUAAAAACAUAAAAUAAAAUGAAAAAAA